AUGGGUAACAAAGAAACAUUAUCCGGUUUUCAAUUUCGUGUUCUUCACCCACCACUACGCGAUUGUUUAGCUGAUGAAAAUAAAGGAAAUACUGAAAUAGUUUUAAUAACUUGUCGUGCAUUGACUUAUCUCAUGGAAUUAUUACCAUGUUCAGCAGCAGAAGGUGUUGAAAUAACACCAAUAUUUUUAAGGAAAAUAAUUCCUUCGAUUUUUCUUGAAGUACGAAGUGUUACAUCAAGUGAUAUAGCUGAACAAAUUCUAAAAGCAUUAGAAAUGAUUUCGAAACGAAAUGGAAAACAAAUUCUUAUUGCUAUAGCAUCAACACAAUUAAUUAAACCAAUGAAAAUAAUGCUUGUCGUUCAACGAUCAUUAUUAAAUAAUAUAACAUUCCUGAAACAAUUAUGUCUUUUAACGAGUUCAACAGAAGAAAAAUCAACAACAACAACAACUAUUCCAAUAAUCUAUAAAUCAGCAGCAUUAUCAACUAAUGAAACCAUACCAAUGAAUAUUUGA